GGUUCGUAAUUCGUGCGUUCUACCAAAUUCAAAUACCAAAAACAAAAAAAAAAAACAAAAAGUGUUCAAAGAAAAUCAUCAACACAGUUGCGCGUGCGUAUUGCGAGAGUUGAGUGAAGUUUUGAAAUACUUGAACAAAAUUGUGAAAUACUCAAACUAACUUAUCAUGAUGAUGUGUGUUUGAAAACUGCAAAUUAAAAUAAUAAAAAAAAAACAUUAAACCGUGUUGAAAAAACUCAAUUAAAUACACAUUGAAACACUUUUGGAUUAGUUUCAAUAGAGAAACAAGACAAUAAGACUACAAAAUGGUACGCAGCUUGGCUCAGUGGACCAAAACGUUGAGUUUCCCCUCACGUCUUUCCCCCAAUCGCAAUUCCAAGGAUUGCUCAACACUGGCCGGUCCAGUGCCGCCUCCAACGCCGCCCCGGAACAAGACCAAAGGUCACAACAAUUGCGCCACAUCACGCUCCUCCUCAUCGACAGUGUCCUCGUCCCAUUCAUCGGCCGCUUCACACAAUUCUCCAACGCCGGGCAGCAACAACAACAACAAUAUGCCCAUAACGGAACUGGAACAGAUCAUCUACCCCGGUCCGGAUCCGAAGCAGGCCAUCAUGGGUUCCCUGGUCUUUUGCAUACACCACAAGCAAGGCUGCAAGUGGUCCGACGAGCUGAGGAAGCUAAAGGCACAUUUAAAUACUUGCAAACACGAUGCCACACAGUGUCCCAACAAGUGUGGGGCACAGAUCCCACGCAUCAUGAUGACGGACCACUUGCAAUACACGUGCACCAUGAGACGCACCCGAUGCGAGUUCUGCCAGAGCGAAUUCUCUGGCGCAGGGCUGGAGGAGCACAAUGGCAGCUGUGGCCAGGAGCCGGUUUACUGUGAGGCCAAGUGUGGACAACGUGUGCUGCGUGGUCGCAUGACUCUGCACAAGUCCAAGGAUUGUGUCAAGCGUCUGCGUCGUUGUGCCCACUGCCAGAGGGAAUUCUCCGCAGACACGUUGCAGCUGCAUGCAGCCCAAUGCCCCAGGACACCGUUGGCCUGCCCGCAGCGCUGCGAUGCGGGUCCCAUAGCUCGUGGUGAGCUGGAGGCGCAUCUGCGCGACGAGUGCCAAUCGCUGGCGGUGGCCUGCAGCUUCAAGGAAGCCGGUUGUCGGUUCAAGGGACCACGUCAGCUGCUAGACGCACAUCUGGAGAACAGCGCAGCGGCUCAUCUAUCGAUGAUGGUGGCGCUGAGCAGCCGACAGGGUCAACAAAUCCAAAUGCUUAAGUCUGCGGUAUCCAAACUUUCCAUAAAUUAUACAGGCACGUUGCUGUGGAAGAUCACAGAUUGGUCAGCUAAAAUGUCGGAAGCACGCGGAAAAGAUGGACUCGAGCUGGUCUCGCCACCCUUCUACACCUCUCAGUAUGGCUACAAGUUGCAGGCAUCCAUGUUUCUCAAUGGCAACGGUCCCGGCGAGAAUACCCAUGUCUCGGUCUACAUCAAAGUGCUGCCGGGAGAAUAUGAUGCUCUUCUCAAAUGGCCAUUCUCGCACUCCAUCACCUUUACGCUGUUCGAGCAGGGCGCCCAGAGUGGUCAGGGAGGCGUGGCCGAAUCAUUUGUGCCCGAUCCCACCUGGGAGAACUUCCAGCGGCCAUCGAAUGAACCCGAUCAGCUUGGCUUUGGCUUUCCCCGUUUUAUCUCCCACGAAUUGCUCCAUAGUCGGCCAUUCAUCAAGAGCGACACGGUCUUUCUCCGCGUCAAGGUCGAUCCCAGCAAGAUUGUGGCCGUCUAGAAGAUUGUAUUUAAUUUAAGCCUUUACUCGUCUUCUGUAAAUACUGUGUAUUUAAAUGUGCGAGUAAAUACCCCCUAGCCAAGACUAGACUGUACAUAAUAAGUAGCGUCGGCUUCGGGCGUUGUUAGCCACAUGGUUCUAACUGGCCUUUGAAUGCCGACUGCCACGCCUACUGCGUAAUAGUCAUAUAGCAUAUAUACUAUAUAUAGUAUAGCAUCAGUGUUUCAUUAAGGGUCAUUUGCAGUGCUGGAAUUAAACCAAAGCAUAUCUCGUAUACAUACAUACAGUACACACCCCACAAACGUAAUCAUACAAAUAAUCACAUAUUUAUAGAUAUAAUUAAUACUACAAAUAAAUUAAGAAGAGUAUAGCUCGUAAGCAAGUUCGUGUCUUAAGUCUUUUGUUAUAGAGAUUUGUAUUUUUUUGUGCGCUCAUUUGCGUCUAUCAAAACUUUCAAAAGAUCUUCAAAUUAGAUCAUACGUUAGAGGAAUAUUCAAAACACACACAAAUUGUUAGUUUGUAGCUUGCAUGUACAUAGCAUAAACGCAUUGUUAAUUUAAGGUUCCAACGCAUUAGUCAUUAUUACCAUGAACAUUAAACACGUAUAUGAGAAAACCAUUUUCAAUAUAGUCAUAUAAGUUUAUGUUUUAAAGCUAAGUCAAGUUUAUAAUAAAAUCAAUUAUAUUAUCGAUAAAACAAA